GGCAAAAUUGGUACAAUGUUUAAAAAAAGAGGUAACAAUGAUAGAUUUUAAAAAAGAAGGUAAAAAUAAAAAAGAACAAUAUAAAAAGGAUAUAGAAUGUAAUUUCUUCUUAUUAAUAAUGCAGCCCAGCCCACACAAAUGUCCAAACAAAAAGCCAAAUCUAACAAUUUCAAUCAGUCUACCAAUGAUAAAGCACAUCAUAACACAAAUUAUUUAACAAAAAGAAGAAGAAGAAAGGAAAAGGAUAAUAUUAUAAAAACUAAAAUGAUAAAGCAUAUAUCAUUAAAAAAAAAUAAAGGAUAUAGAUGAAAACAUAAACCAGUGAGUAAUAAAUAAAUACAGUCAUGUCAUCCACAACAAACCAAAAGCAAUAAAAAAGAAAUUAAUUAAUUAAUAAAACAGUCUGGUGAGCCGGGCCCAUAUUCUUCCAUGUCGAGCCUUUUAUAAGUACCUCACUCACUCUCUCUCCACUCCUAUGCCACAGAACUAAAUAUUCCUCUAGCUUCCUCCCUCUCUCGCUCUCUUCAUCCAUCCUCGUUCUAGUUCUCUCUCUCUCUCUCUCUCUCUCUCUCUCUCUCUCUCUCUCUCUCUCUAUAUAUAUAUAUCUCAAGCUACCAAACCCAACCAUGGAAACUAACCCACCACCACCACCAUCAUCAUCAACAUCAACACCGCUAAUCCCCAGAAAAUUAAGCAACGCGGUUCGUCUGAUCAUGUUCAUGAUCCAAAAGGGGAUGUCGAUCAAGCGAAAGCGCCUGAUGAUCUUGAUCCCUGAUAUGAUGGAACGUGGGAAGGUACUCGGCAAAUCAUUCAACGACCUCAUGAUUCGCCACAACACGGCCUUAGGCUGUAGCUCCCACGACGUUCGAAUGUCGUUCGUGUCCCCGAGGGACUACGAGUUCAGCUGCAGCAGCACCCCACCGCAUCGAAUCUACUCCGCUGACCGUGUUUCCAGAAAUAAUAAGCGCAGAAACGGAGGAGGCCGUCACCGUUAUGUUAAUGCUAAUGCUAGUAAUAAUAUUAAUAAUAAUAAUAAUUAUAAGAAACACGUUGACGUCGGUUACUACAAGCAGUACUACGGGAGUGGUAAUACUAAACAAGACGAUGUCGUUUCGGUUGUUAGCUCCGUUAAGUCGUCCCUCAGAGGAGGAGGAGGCGGUAGCACUAACGGCAGUGACGAUGAGUUCCCAGUCGACAAGGCAGCGGAGGAGUUUAUUCAGAGGUUUUACAGGGAGUUGUUGUUGCAGAAAUUAAAUUUGGCGCGUGAGACCACAGCCACGGUUCGAUUUGGCUGACUCACGCGCCUGUGAGGGAUUGUGUUUUGCAGUAACUGAAAGCAAAACCUGCGAAACGACGCCGUGCUUUUGUUUGAUGUACAUUUAGUAAAAAUUAACCGAUAAUUAAUGAAGGUUUUAAACUUAAGCAUUUUUUUACUAUAUAUAAAAAUUAAGCAUUUUCUUUUCUA